UGCUCUGUUUAUUUAUGUGUUUGAAGGGAGCGCGCUGCUUUUUGUCUUUCUAAAGAAAGCUGAGUGGUAAUAGUACGUUUUGUAUUGUUAGUCUUAUUAGUCCCGUAUUCGCAUGUCCAUUCCUAAUCUCCACUGUUUCGACCCCUUUGCUGAUGAAGCGAAGGGUGAUUACUUGCUCCCUUCUGGGACUGAAGAUUUUAUUCAUAUAAGGAUCCAGCAGAGAAACGGCAGAAAAACUCUUACAACUGUCCAAGGAAUAGCUGAGGAAUAUGACAAGAAGAAACUGGUGAAGGCUUUUAAGAAGAAAUUUGCAUGCAACGGAACAGUGAUUGAACACAAGGAGUAUGGUGAAGUGAUUCAGCUUCAAGGUGACCAGAGGAGAAAUAUAUGUCAGUUUCUUGUUGAGAUUGGUAUCGCCAAGGAAGACCAGAUGAAGGUCCACGGAUUUUAAUCUGUGCAGCUGAAUCAUGGAGAUUUACUUAAACCCUUUUGUUAACAUUUGGGUCUAUUACUUUGAACAGAGUCUUUGCAGUGAAUUGUUUUCUUUUUUCUUGUAUUUGAAAUUCCAUUGGCAUAGAAACAGAAAAUUAAUAUCAAGACCAGCUAUAAGAUGUUGACAAGACUGCAGUCUUAUUUUUGGCAUUUUUACAGAGGGAAAUUUUAGUGCCAUUUUAUUUUUGUAAUUUUAGUUGAAUUAAAACUAUAUGCUAAAAUAAACUGAAAUGUGAAGUUUAGUAUUUCA